AAUUUUUCGUACGUAAACAAGGAGCUUCUCUUAUCCUUUCCUUUUCUAACAAACCCCAAAUAUCAAAAUUCCAUCUCAUUUCCAACAUCUCAAUCCCCUCUUUCAUCAAACCCUAACAUAAUCCCAUAAACCCUUAAAUCUCUUCAUGGGAGGUGGAGGAGCCAUGAGAGCUGCAGCGAAAAUCGCCGGAAUUGGAGCUUUUACUACCGGUUUACGAGCUGAGGCUCCGGUUAAUUUGGCGAGUCGAAAUAUCGUUAGACCUGUUUCUGCCAGUUUUGUUUCUUUGUCUUCAACCAGUGGUGAUUUGACUACCGAUCAAUCGGUUCAAAAAGCUUCAUGGGAAUUUGAUGAGUGGGAAUUUGCUGGGAGUGAAGAUGAAUUUGUCAUUGAUAAGGUUAAUUCGAGUAACCCGAGGUUGGUUUUUGGACCAGUUCCAACUAUUGAGGAAACCAAGCAAGCUACUUCUGAACUUAAAGAUGCUCUUGAUAAGGUAUAUCUCUCUUCACCAAAAUCCUCAGGGACUGUGGACUCAUUCUCAGAUGUCCAAGAAUCUAAUGCUUGCAUCACUCGUGAGUCUUCUGUGCCAAAAAGUGCAAUGCAGGCAUUUAAGCUUCUCAAAGAAAGCCCUGCUGCUCAGAAUGUAGUUGCUUCGAUUGCUUGUGACCCUAAUGUAUGGAAUGCUGUGAUGCAAAACCCUCAUUUGGUGGAGUUUCUUGAAUCGGAGAAAAAUUGUGCCGUGCCCGACAGUCCCAAGUAUCAUGAUCAAGGAUCUUGGAAGACUUCCCUGGACUCUUCGGAUGACAAACAUUCCAAAGAGCCUGAUGGUCUGAUGGUUUUGUUUGAAAAUGUGAAAGAAGGAUUAGUCGACAUGGUACAAUACUUGACUAAUUUGGUCCAAAGCUGGUUCUCCAUCCCAAAGGUGGGACCAAGAAAUGAAAAUGGUGACGACAAAUCAACCCAAAACUACAUUGCUGGUGGCUCAUUCAUGGCCUUGGCCAUGAUGGUGAUCAUGGUCGUGGUGUUGAAGCGUUAAAGACUCAGAAACAUCCCUCGGUAGUCUAACUUGUCGACGCUUCUAUGUUCAGUCUUUUCCGUUAAUGAAUUAUAUGUAUUAUUAAGUUUCAGUUUCAAUCGAGUGUUGCAAUCGUGUACAUAUUGUAAUCGUUGGUAAGACUUGGAAGACAUGUUUUUCCUUUGUUCUUUUCCUUAGCGCCAUAUUUGGAUAGUAUCCUUAUACAGUUAAGUUAAUGAUGAAAAAUUGGAAGAUCUCUGAGUGGAAAAACUGAUUUGAGAAUCUA